AUGGAGCAGCCUCAGGUCAAAAUCAUUGGUGGCCGCGAGUACGCUGCCACGGGCUCCAAGUUUGGACCCUCUUACCUGCCCGUCGACGUUAUGGCCCGCAUGAAUAAUUCGGCGCAUCAGGCUCUCGCCAUGUCCGCCGUCGUCCACGACAAACGAUCUUUGAAUUUCGAGGCACCAGCCAGAGAGCCCCUCUCCGGCGUUGAUGCUCGCAAGCGCUUGACAAUGCCUAGCCCGGAACGUGGCCCCGUCGCAUCAACAUUCCGCCCGCUGCCCAAGAUUCCCAAGGCCAACGAUCAAGGAUCUGUCAACUCUUUUGUUUUGCCCAUCCGUAUUGCCAACAACCCCAUGGAGGCGGCCAUGGUCUGCUUCUUCAACUCCAUUACCGAUAGCACCAGAACCAGAUUUGAGGAUCUGCUUGCCAACAUGGUCGGCCAAGCUUCUAUUACGGUCAAGUCGGGCUCCGACUCUAGUACUGCUGACAACGGCAACGGCGACGGCAGCGGUGACGGCGCAGCCUCUUCAUCCGCCACCACCACCGCAGCCGACACCACGUCCACCACCAGUUCUAACAUCGGAACUCCUCGCCGUCGUCGCGCUGCCGGUGGCGGCUCGGGUGGUUCAGGCCGUAAGCCCGGCGGUACUCCCCGCAAGAAGCCCGCCUCCCGUGCCGACGUCAUUGAGAAGCGCGGCUCUUGCGAGCGCUGCAAGAAGUCCAAGGCAAAGUGCGAGCCCAUCCCCGAGUGCAUCCGUUGCGCCAAAGACGGAGUUGAAUGCUCACUCAAGGAGACAAUUUUGCAGGAGACUGGUCGUCGUCUGGGUGCCUGCCAGCGCUGCAAGAAGAACAAGGUCGGCUGCAAGAAGAUUGAGAGCUGCGGUCGUUGCCACAAGGCCGAGCAGCCUUGCUCUUGGGCCGUCAAGGCUUAG